CAUGAUGUUAUAGAAUGUGAAAAGAGAAGAAAGAUGAAUGGUUCAGCCUGGAGGCAAACGUCCAAGUGUUUUAUUACCGUGUGGUAGCGCGACGGGCUUUUGAGAAGUGGUCACGUUCACUGAGGACAUUGGAAAUCAAUUUCAUUGGCUGAGUGGCCGUUUUCUCUUACAGGUCUUCACAUGGAAUAAAGAAAUUGUCGCACGCUUCGGCUUCCGGUCUUGUUUGAACUUCACGGAAGUCUUCGGGUCGUGCAUCAUUUCACAUGAAGUGCCAAAAAAACCAUAUGAAGCAGUCAAGAAGGACAUCUUUUUGCAAAGACGAAUUUUCAAUGUCAAAAAUCAAGUUUCCUUUUUCUCGUCUCAAUGGGUCCAGCACGUCGGGGCGUCAAAUCAUUGAAAAUGGAAACGAAUGUCACUGACAUCAAGUUUACGGGUCGGGUUGCCCUGUAUUUUUCGAGCUUUCCUUCAGUUGCUAAUGACUUCAGCUCAGAAUCUCACCAGCCAUCGUGUGCUGAUAGCCUCGCUGUUUCUUCCUUACACUGUUGACUUUCACUUGAGUAAAGACAAGGCACAGAACUAUGCCAAACCCAAAGUUGAUCAACCAACCGCCGCUGUAGCCAGUCCGAAUUUGAUUGAGACAUUGGCUGCUCAACAAAAACCUUCUACUCGGCCACCUCCCACUCCUGGUUUGGAAGAUAAACUGUUUGAUUUUAGAAACGAGACCCCUUCUCAACCACCUAUUCAACCCAAGAGUCGAGCUCGUCACGCUGGCGAAAAGGGAAAACUACCUGCAUUGAAUACAAGUCAACCAAAGGACUUGCAACGCCGAAAGUCCCUGGAUACAGCUCGUGUUUUUGCAGAGGCUCCGUGGACCAUUGUGCCUUGCAAAGCCGGUAAUAUUGGUCUGCAAAACGCUAUCAACAGCAUCAGGCCGCAAAUGGAAAAACAAGUCUGGAUCGGUACGCUCGGCAUGCCUACUGAAACUCUGGAAGACAAGACUCGGGCUGACAUUAAAACCAAGUUCAUUACUGAACAUAAUUGCUAUCCCGUUAUGUGCCCUGAUGCAGAGUUUGAAGGCCACUAUGAGCAUUAUAGCAAACAGGUAAUGUGCUCUCAAGCAAAACCCCAAAUGUACCUAUCGUCGGACGACUUCUAAUAUCGACUUUACCCGCUGCCCCAACAUUUUUUUAAUUUUCUUGCAGGUACUGUGGCCAAACUUCCAUUACGUCAUGUUGGAAAACCCCAAGAGCAAGGUUUACCAAGACGAUACCUGGAAAGCCUACCAGACUCUCAAUGAGCGCUUUGCAGAUACCAUUGCUGAAAUGUAUCAGCCUGGUGAUACAAGUAAGUCAUUGUAAAUUUUUGAUGUUACCUUUCACUUU